AUUACAGUUUUGCAAUCGUUAUUGGAUACUGCGAUUUUGGGAACGAAUUUUGUUAUUUUGUAAAGUUAGUGAUUGUCUAGUGUCGUAGUGAUUUUCUUUAGUUAUGGAGUCGAAUAUGGAGACAACUAAUGGAAAUGUGACAAUGUCGCAGCGGACGGCGCUGAACGAGCAGUACAAGGGUCUGGUGGAGAAUUUUUCGAUCCCAGCGGAGCAGCAUGAGCGGCCCGACGGCACCAGAUAUGCCACGUUCAGUGGCGUGGUGCCCAUACACUGCUGCACACCAGAACAGGUUGAAACAUUAGCGAAAGUCACACACCAUUAUUGCGACGUGUUCACACGAGACCUGAUGGCUCCACUUGAGGAGUUGGCCUACGUACGCCUCGAUCAGGACACCGCUGAGAAGGUGUUCAUCAACCGUACCAAACGUCUUCUCAUCAUAUCGAGCGACGGCAAGCUGGCGCAGUGGCGGUGCGCGCCCAGCUUCGAGUCGGCCAACCACUACAUGGCUGGAACUCCCAUCGUCAGCCAGGACGGCGCCCUCGUGUCGGUUGUCACCGCCAGGAAGGGGAACCACUAUGCUGUCUCCACUUUCGAGGGCGAAGGCGGGUACUUCGAAACCACAGAAUCCUGGAAAGUCAUCAAACUACCUGAAGGCAGAAUAGCCUACGGCGGCGAUACGUUCAGCUCUCGCGAGGAACUGGCGCAGUUCUUAGCGAAGACACCACCAGCGUCCGUGGGACCUGAGGAGCAGCCCACCGCGAUCCUCGUCCAAGGGAAGACGCCGAGGUUGGCGCUGGUGGCAAAGAACGGGAGGCAGCUAUCUCACCACUACCUACCCGCGGGGGUAGUUACCGAUUUAGAAUACCUUUAAGUAUUUGUAAUAUUGAUUCACGACUGAU